UCAAGACAAAACGGUGCACGACAGACCGCUUGACACUUAGCAUUUCUCAGCAGACGUCGUACUCUUGUACAAACUUGCAAUAAUAACUUACUAAACAAUGGCUGUAAUCCACCGCAGUCCAAAUCUACCUCACUUUACAAACCGGACACCAUGGAAGCACCUCUGGAUGUAAGACAUCAUGGGAACGCUGCCAUUACACCUCCAGAACUAAACUGGGAACUUUUCUUUGUUGGAGAGACAGACUUUAGGAUGACAACUCAGUAGCCGAGAUUCUGUCGUCAAGAUGAACCCUUCCUCUCUGGACUGGUCCAUUCAGAGCGCCCUGUCGUCUCUUUUCCCUCCGUUUGAGGCUACCGCUCCUACUGUUCUCAGCCAACUCUUUCGCACCAUUGAGGAACGUUACCAUGGAGAUGCACUGCAGUGCCUGCUGAACUUCCUUAUCCCAGCCAAACAUAUCCUAGAGAGUGUGCAACAAGCUGCCUGUGCUGCAUACUCCGAUGUCCUAUUCCGGUGUGAGGGUUGGCCAUUGUGCUUGAGAGAUCGUGUGGUCAUCCAACUCGCCCCCAUCAACCCUUUACUGCUCCGACCAGGAGAUUUCUACUUGCAGGUGGAGUCUUUUGGCGAACAGUCAGCCCGAAUUGUCCUCAAAAGUCUUCUUGUGCAGGAAGACCUUCUGGGGCAGGAGAAUCUGGUACUGCAAGCAGGUUCCAGGGUGCUGGAUGGUCCUGCGAUUGAGGGGACACCAAUCCCGGAGACAUCCUAUCCAUGCAUAUUCACUGAGUCUUGGCUAAGGGAAAUAAAUGAGGGACGUCAUGGAAGUCCUCUAUGUCAGUGUGUGCUUUCCUCUGACCAGGGUGUUGUGAAGGUACCUUGGACCGAAGUUGCAAACCCGGAAUUCCUCGACAGGCCCAAAUCUAACAUAUGGCCUGAAACACAGACAUGCUCAAUUGCGACUCUCCGUGUGACAGAUCUUAAAACUGAGAUUUCAGAGAACGUGUCACAGUCACAGGUACCUGUGGACUUCUUACCACUUGAGAUGGAAACUAGGAUCCUUCCAGCAAAAGAUGGGAUGGUGGUUUCUGUUCAGUUGGUGGAGGGUGGUAGCAGACUGGUGAAGGUUGAUCAAGGACAUCCAAUCAGCAGUUUUGCUGGAAAACCUGUUGGCUGGGUCUCUCCUAAUACCUGGGACAACAGGCACAACGGAGAGCUGGAAGGAGAAUAUGUGGAUCUGUUGGAGUUUAACAAGGAGAAAGAGACUUUGGUCCUCAACAAAAUAGCAAUCCCUACAAAACCAUCAGGUUUCAAGCUAGUCAGGACAGCUCAACCUGCCUCAAAAAGCAAUGGCAACCUGUCUGGUGAGGACUGCAAUCCUUGCAUGCAAAACAAACAGCCAUUUGAGAUAAUGCAAAACGAUCCAGAAUCCAAAUGCAGGUAUCGUCAAUCUUAUGUGGCAGCUCUCCGAAACCCAGUGAAUUUUGAGAAAUCAAGUAUGUUGCCUUCUCUAGAUGAAACAAGGACAGAUGUAGAGGAGCCAAGCUGUGGGGGAUAUGGAGUUGGCCAUAGACUUAAACCUUUGAGUUGUACAUUUGGCCAGACACCAAACCAAGCAGACAGAAACCCGAUGCAAUUCUUUGAGAACUCAGCCCAACAAAAGCAAAGCCCAAAGAACUCAACCCAGCCAAGUCAAAGUGUACCUCAUGACUGUGUUUCAAGGGAGAACGCAGAGUCUCUUGAACAACAUAUGACCCAACAGAUCCCUAGCAUGGUCCCAGCGGGACAACAACACAAGGCAUUCCUCACUGGGCAACAGGAUCAACAUCAGACUGCACUAGGGACUAAGGCUUUUCCCGACAAAAGACUUUACUGUCUGAACAACUCUUUUAGGCAAGAUUCAUUUCAGAUACGGAUUAGCAGCCAGAAGCACGCCAAAACCCAACACUUACCCAAAAUGGGACUCAGGGCUUUACCUGACCACAGUGGUCACAGACAAGAUGCUAAUCAUUGUUUGCAGGGUUUCAAUCCAAUUCAGCAUUCACACAACCAGCUAACACAGGCCUUUGAGCAAACACCUGCUCUAUUUCAGCCCCAGUGCAGUCAGAUCCUUUUCCAAAACGAGAACAGGCAUUUGGAUUGCAAAGUCCUCUGUGAUGACAUACAUUGUGGAAGAGGCCCAGGUUCACCUGUACAGGUGAUCAAAGGUAAAAGCAGGUCUAAAUCCCGCUCAUACUCUUCAGUCUCGGAAACAACCAGAGAGUGUCUGCAAUCACACAAGCCGACCAACAGAAGUCGCAGUGAUGUCUAUCCAGAGAUCAUCCCCAUGUUGCCAGCUAUCCAGGGAAUAAAACACACAGCUAAUUUGGUGUCCCCAAAAUUAAACAGACAACAAGAAGCAAGAAAGGAAGUCUCCCCCUCUGGACAAGCUGGAUCACCAGUUGUUAAUGGAGUAGAGCUUCAGAAAUCACACGCUGAUCAGUCUGAGAAUAGAGUUCAGGAAACACUACUUUCCCAGGACCCCACAAUCAAGAGCCUUCUCCAACUAGGUAUCAUCUGUCUACCAGGCAGUCGUGACAGAGCUGGCCGGGCCGUGGUUGAGGUGUAUGGCGGCAGGAAAGGAUGGGCUUCCUCUCAACUCUCUCCUCUGGAGUUUUGCAGACUUCUGCUUUUCCUGCACUACAUUCCCAGGACUGAGGUCAGAGAGCUGGGACUUACUGUAGUGAUUGACAGCCGGAAGUGUCCUCUGCCCUCUGUGUUCUUCAGAUCACUGCUCAUGGUUCAGGAGCAGGCCCUUCAUGCAGUGCACACUAUCUUGAUGCUGGUCGAUAAAGAUGCUAAUCCUCGCCCAGAAAAACAUCCUGGUCUACAGAUAGAUGUUGUGACAACACUAAAAGCUCUUCAAAAGACAGUUGACGGACAGCAGUUGACCUCUGACCUUGGCGGGACCUUCCCUUACAGUCAUGAAGACUGGCUGCAGUUUCACCAGAAACUUUCCCUCUUUCAACUCGACCUUCAAGCAGCUUCUUCAUUACUACAGACAGCAAUCAGGAGACUUGAUGUUAAAAAAACAGACACGGCAAAGGAUGUCCAGUCCUGCAUCCAGGAGCAAAGGCGUUCCAUGAAGAUGGUGCUGGAGGACACCCGAUUGGUCGCUCUGCAACGAGAGGGCGGGUCUAUUCUCGCCAGGAUGAGGAAGGAGGAGUCUCGAUUCGCUCAGUCUGAAGACUUCAGGGACUCUCUGGAGUCUGUGACGUGUCUGUAUAACCAGGUGGAAGAGGCCGUUCACACGCUAGUGAUGAAAUCCAACCAGUCCCUGCGACAUCUCGUACACGUUCUCCUGCUGAGAGAAACAGAAGACUCGCUCAGCACAAUCCAAACAUGGUGUGAUGAAGAGGAAGAGUCAUGGCAGAAGGACAACGACGGCACAGAGAAAAGCCUGCCGAAAAUAGAGCGGAGACUCAAAGACAUUCAGUCUGUUCUUAUACAAGCAAAGGAGAAAAAGGUAAAAGGGAUGUUGUUGAUAAAGGAAGUGGAGAGAAAAAGCAAAGGAAUGCAUUAUCCUGAAAGUGACGUUUUUCGCUGUAACACCGUCACUUUCAAAACCAACAUGACUGGGUUUCUCCUGAAGGCUGAGGAGCGUAAAUCUGAGCUGGAGGCGUCUCGGGAUCUGUGCCGUUUCUGUGAAGAGGCCUCAUCUCUUGUUAAAGAGUGUAUGGAGUAUUUAGAUCACAUAAAGACCACAAACCCUCCUAUGUGUGCCUGCUUGAGUAGACUGAAGGCUUUUGAGGAGCGUUUGAAGGACUUCUCCCCCCAACACUUUCAGGACAGGAGCGCUGCACUGCUGGAGAGGCUCCCGGACGGGUCAUUGAUGUGGAAUGCAGUCCGGGCUCAAUGCCGAGACAUCAGACAGAGACUCGCGGAGAUACUGCAGGCCUCUUACAGAAGUCAAAUCCCUCUGGGAACGCCAGGAAAGGAAAGCGAGGCCCACUUGAAAGGUCCGACUCGGACCGUAAUUACUAGCCUUAGAGAAAAUGAAGGCGACCCCCAAACAAACCCUGUUGGCGGUCAUGUGAAGACCAGAAAUAGUUAUGAUAAUGAGACAGUGACGCAUUUCGAGCCUGUUAGGAGAAACACAUCAUCAAACUGUGAUCCGAUAAUGACUGAAAACACACACAAAGAAUCUGCACUGAUUGAACUGCAAGGUCAGCUCAAAGAGGAAGGAAGGAAUCAGCAUUUUCGCCAAAGUGAAGGCGAAGUUUCCUCAUUACACAAUGGCCCGGUCAAAAAGUUAAGUAGGCGUCCUCGGAUAUACUCUCACAGCGACAGUGAUCUCAGAAAGUCAGGCCAUGUCAAUAAGUAUGACCGCUUGCCACAUUAUGAAGCCCUGGUCCGCUCUCAUAGUGAAGGCUCUUGCUCACGAUCCACUAGUUAUGAUUCUAUGAGCAAAGGCAAUGCUGCGAUCAAGCAUGUGCAUAAGAAGACAUCUGCAGUUUCCUGUCAAGAGAGGAUCAUGGUCAUUGGCUCAGACAGAGCAUCAUGGGAUGAACAGAGCUCGCACCGCGACAGCAUCUGUUCAAGCCAAAGUGACAUACAUGAGAAGUUCAGCAGUGACACCAAAUCUGACGACGUUUCAGCAGCAACACGCUCAGAUAAUCCAGAGUCUGUGCGGAUACUGGAAAGCAGCAGCACUGUACUUAAACUGCAGCGCAUCAUGGAGGAGCUGCUCCAGACGGAGAGGGAGUAUGUGCGAGCGCUGGGCUACGUGGUGGAUCACUACAUCCCUCAGCUGGAGCGUCCCGACGUGCCUCAGGACCUGCGGGGACAGAGAGGGAGCAUCUUUGGAAACCUGGAGAAGCUGCGAGACUUCCACCAGCAUCACUUUCUUCAGGAACUGGAGCUGUGUCUGCAGGAGCCCUUCUGUGUCGGACGCUGCUUCUUAAAACACAAAGAAAACUUCGGCCUGUACGCAUUAUACAGCAAGAACAAGCCACGCUCUGAGAGGAUGCUCAUCGAUCACGGGAAGGACUUCUUCAAGCAGAAACAGCAGCUGUUGUGUGAUGCGCUGGAUCUGUCCUCGUACCUGCUGAAGCCCGUGCAGCGCAUCAGUAAGUACAGUCUUCUGCUUCAGGAGCUUCUGCGCGAGGCCGAGUCCGGUGCGCAUGCGGCCCGACACCGGCUGGAGAUCCAGACCGCGCUGCACAUCGUCCAGUUCCAGCUGCGCCACGGAAACAAUCUGCUCGCCAUGGACGACAUUCAGGACUGUGAUGUGAAUCUGAAGGAACAGGGCCAGCUGAUCCGUCAGGAUGAGUUCCUGUUGACCUUCAGGAAGAAGAAAUGCUACCGUCACAUUUUUCUCUUUCAAGAUCUCAUACUCUUCAGCAAGACACGCAGAACUGACAUCGGGAAUGACACGUACAUCUACAAACAAUCCUUCAAGACCUCAGACAUCGGUAUGACACAUAACUCUGGAGAUAGCGGCCUGUGUUUUGAGAUCUGGUUUCGGAGAAGGAAGUCACAGGACACGUACGUACUUCAGGCACAGAGUCGAGAAGUGAAGGAAAACUGGACCAGAGACCUGGAGAGGAUUCUGUGGGAACAAGCCGUUCACAACAGAGAGAUCCGGAUGCAGGAGAGGGUGUUCAUGGGAAUCGGACAUAAACCCUUCAUGGAUAUCCAGCCCAGUGACAUGGCCAUCAACGACCGAGCCGUCAACUGUGCUCUGACAGGACGAGGUGUUCCUGUUCUCCGGUUGAACUCUGUUGGCUCGGCCAGCUGUACGUCCUCCUCUGGGAGCCACUCGUCCUCCUCCUCUGGGUGGGGAUCCCCGUCUCCCGUGGGCCGUCCUGGCAGUGGAGGAGAUGUUGUCCGGUACGUACACGGGACUUCGGGGAUCCUGGAGGAAGAUGAUUUAGACCAGGAGAGUGGAAACCAGAGUGCACUUGUGGAGAGUUCAGAGUCCUCAGGAGAAAGUGUGAGCUGCUUCAGCAGUUCUGGCCACAGCUGCCCUUCUGUGAUUGGUGGAGACUGUGAACACGCCCCCUCCCAGGUGCCCGUCAUUGGCCCGAAAAAACAGGAAUGCAACGUUGAACCCACUAACCUACCAGGCCAAACCAGGGACCAGCCAUGCUCUAAUGUUCAAGAGACAAGCAUCAUAGGAAAGUCCACUGAAGUAUAGCCCAUCAUGUAUGUUUAUGCUGUAAUCAUGCAUUUUACCGUAUCAUGCAUUAUAUAUGGAACACUAUCAAUCCUGUGGAACUCUAAAUUAAAGUUUAUUUUUAUUUAUUUAUUUUGGUGGGACUGAGUAACAUUGGUUAAUUCAACUAACUCGUAAUGGUUAAACCUACAAACCUGUGUUUUACUGUUUUUUUUAUUUUUUACUCAUUUUUCUGUUUCAAAUUAGCUUUGUUGGAGAGGCAAUAAAACAAAAAAAGAUGUGUAAUCUUUAAAGAAAAGUGCUUUGAUAAAAUAAAUGUCUGGUCUUCAUGAAAUAA